AUGGGCUCACUUCAAAAUGACGUCCACGAGAAAGACCCUCAAAUACACCCUCUCCAUUUGACACCGUUCGAUGCGCUGCCCGACAAGAAGCGGGUAUGGCCGAGCGAGCCCAAUACGAGAGAAGAGGGCCUGGGCCGUCUCGUCCUUCUCACGCCAGACGUCGUCGCCUCUGCAGCCGCGACAAGCAUUCGAAGCGGACGUCGUGUGAAUCUCGGCUGGGAGUUGAACAAGCUGGAAAUCGCCAAUUUUGGCCGGUUGCCUUGCAAGCACGAGAUUGUCGACCUCCUCGACGGUGCUGCUUUUGACGACAUCUACACAUUCAACCCGCAACAGAGCAGCCAGUGGGACGGGCUCAGGCAUUUCUCUCAACCCGACCCGACUGGGAGUGAUCCGAGUAGAAGGGUAUUCUACGGCGGUGUGACGAAUAAGGAGAUCAGGGAUCCCAAGAACCACCGGAUAGGAUUGCAGUAUUGGGCGAAAGAAGGCAUUUGCGGGCGAGGAGUGCUAUUGGACUACGUCUCUUAUGCAGAAAAGAGAGGCAUUGCCUAUUCGACAUUCAGCGACCAUUCAGUCCCCCUCAGCGUACUGCUCGAGAUUGCUCAAGAGGAGAACUUGACGUUCAAACGUGGCGACAUCCUCUUCGUGCGCAUGGGGGUGACUAAGGAAUGGGAUACGCGCAUGACACCCGACGACAAGAACGCGUACGCAACGACUAAGACUCCUCAACAUGCUGGGGUCGAAGGAACCGAGGAAAUGCUACGCUGGCUGUGGGAUACAGGCUUCUCUGCGGUGGCGAGUGAUGCGAUAUCAUUUGAAGUCUAUCCUGCUAAGAAGACUUAUCCCCGUGGUGAAGGAGAGGCCGAGGUAGAGGGAGUUUUCAUGCAUGAAUACUUACUGGCGGGCUGGGGCAUGCCGAUCGGUGAGCUCUUUGAUCUUGAGGCACUGAGCGAGAUGUGCGUGAAGGAGCAGCGCUGGGAGUUUUUUGUCGCAAGCGCGCCGUUCAACAUGCCUGGAGGCGUUAGCAGUCCACCAAAUUGCAUAGCGAUCUUUUGA